GUCUUACACACAGGUCAAUAGAGGCCACUUUUGCUAACCUUCACACGCAGUCUAUCUCUCUUAUGUCUAUGGUGUGCGCGCAUUAUGACAUAUUCUGUGGCUGAUAAGCAAAAUGCUAUAUGUCCACUUUUAGCAAAUAUUGAAAUAAUUAUGGAAUUCAUAUCUAAGAAAGAUCCUUUUUUUCAUGUAAAAAGGUCAUGAGUUGCUGAAAGGUUGCCCUAAUGCUAGGAUGCACCCAAGUAAUAAGUCUGUAAGUCUGACUUUUUGUUUUGUUCUGGACAUAAAGAUCAAGUGUACUCUAAAAUGAGUUAUUUGUAUCUAAUGGUAUCUUCUGAGAGCCUUGUUGAUUUACAACAAAAUGUUACCUUACAUCCUGUUUGCAGAAAUUCCAAAGUUUUGCAGUCAUGGGCGUUAAGGCUAGAAGUACAAUUUUGGAAAAAACUUGAGUAAUGUUUUGUGGCUGGUGUGCCAAUACUAGUGUCAAUCAGUCUAGGGUUCCCUGCACAUCUCAAUGAAUUGCAUGAAGUAACAAAUAUAUAACCUAAUCAUACAGGGUGUAAACAUGUGCACUGUUGUGUUGCACAAUAUUCAUAAACAUGACUGAAAUAGAUAAGUAUGAAGAUAUUGUGCAAACUCCUGAUGCUGUCACAGCAGCUUUAUCGACUGAAUUACCAGAAAUAAAAUUGUUUGGUAGAUGGAAUUGUGAUGACGUUCACAUCAAUGACAUGUCCCUUCAAGAUUACAUAGCUGUUAAAGAAAAAAAUGCUAAAUAUCUUCCUCAUUCAGCUGGGCGAUAUGCAGCUAAACGUUUUCGCAAGGCACAAUGUCCUAUAGUAGAACGUUUGACAAAUUCUCUUAUGAUGCAUGGUAGAAACAAUGGCAAAAAACUGAUGGCAGUACGGAUUGUUAAACAUGCAUUUGAGAUCAUUCAUCUUCUAACUGGUGAAAACCCCCUUCAGGUUUUAGUUACUGCAAUAAUAAAUUCUGGGCCUCGUGAAGAUUCUACAAGAAUUGGUCGGGCUGGCACUGUAAGAAGACAAGCUGUUGACGUUUCCCCUCUCCGUCGUGUAAACCAAGCUAUAUGGUUAUUGUGUACUGGAGCAAGAGAAGCUGCAUUUCGUAAUAUCAAAACUAUUGCUGAAUGUCUGGCAGAUGAACUUAUUAAUGCUGCUAAGGGUUCAUCUAAUUCAUAUGCAAUCAAAAAAAAAGAUGAACUUGAACGUGUUGCGAAGUCCAACCGCUAAAUGUAAAGUUUCUCUUUAAAAAAUAAAUAAAUAUGAAACUUUUCAAUA